AUAACCUAUUUAACGGAAAGAAUGGUCAACAAUAAUCAAUUCUCUACCAUCCCUUUCAUACAGAGAUUGAAGCAAUUACAGGAAACAGAAGCAUGUCGAACACGAAGACUCACAUCCUUGUUUUCCCAUACCCAGCACAAGGCCACAUGCUUCCACUCCUCGAUCUCACUCACCAAUUAUCUCUUCAAAACACAUUCACCAUAACCAUCAUCGUCACUCCCAAAAACCUCCCAAUUCUAAACCCACUCUUAUCAACCCACCCUAACACCCUCCAAACACUCAUUCUCCCAUUCCCUCCACACCCCAAAAUACCCUCUGGUGCAGAAAACAUCCGUGAUGUCGGCAACACCGGAAACUACCCUUUCAUCAACGCUCUUUCCAAUCUCCAAAAUCCAAUUAUCCAAUGGUUUAACUCCCAUCCUAAUCCCCCUGUUGCUCUCAUCUCCGAUUUCUUUCUUGGCUGGACUCAACAGCUCGCCACAAGACUCAGUAUUCCAAGAAUCGUUUUUUACCCUUGUAGCACGUUUUUGAUAGCUGUCAUCAACUGCUGUUGGAGUAACCCACUGCUCUUACAGUCGAAGGAGAUUGUUGAAUUCCCCAAAUUACCCGGGAAACCGUCGUUUAAGUAUGAACAUCUUCCUAGCUUAGUCCUCCGUUAUAGAGAAUCGGAUCCUGAGUCUGAGUUUGUAAGGGAGAGUUUCAUUUCCAACGCUGCAAGCUGGGGAUUCGUUCUGAAUACUUGUGAAGCUUUGGAUGGUCGUUAUUUGGAUUAUAUUCAGGCCAGAUUCGGUAACAGUGGAGUUUAUGCUGUUGGGCCAUUGGGUUCUAUUCGGGUUGAUGCGAAUCUAGAUGGUGGGUCUGACGUGUUACGUUGGCUUGAUCAAUUGGAGGAGGAAGGUUCGGUGGUUUACGUUUGUUUUGGGAGUCAGAAGCUACUGAAAAAGGAACAAAUGGAGGCGCUGGCAUUCGGGUUGGAGAGAUCCGGGACCCGAUUCGUCUGGGUUGUGAAGGCGCCCUCGACGGAGAAGCAAAUAGAGGAAGGUUAUGGGUUGGUCCCGGAAGGGUUUGAGGAACGGGUUUCGGGUCGGGGGAUUGUGGUGAGAGGUUGGGCUCCGCAGAUGGCUAUACUGGGUCAUCGGGCCGUGGGCGGGUUCUUGAGUCAUUGCGGAUGGAAUUCGGUGUUGGAUGCAGUGGUGACGGGGGUGGGGAUUCUUGGAUGGCCAAUGGAGGCUGAUCAAUUUGUGAAUGCAAAGCUGUUGGUGGAAGAUAUGGAAAUGGCAGUGAGAGUUUGUGAGGGGGCGGAUUCGGCACCUGACCCAAAUGAGUUGGGUCGGGUGAUAUCAAGGGUUAUGAAUGCGGAUAGUCGCCAAAAGAGAAGAGCUAAAUUGAUGAAAGAGGAAGCAGUUGGUGCUAUGAGUAAGGAUGGUGUUUCAUCUAAUGAAUUGGCUAAAUUUAUCGAAGCCUUGAAGCAGCUUAGUGUUAAAGAAGAAUGGUAGUGAUCAUAAUCAACAUGUGUUUGUAUGUAUCGCGUUUAAAAAAUGCUGGUUAGUCUAUAUGUUCGAUUCUUCGAAUUCUAUUUUACUUCAGAUUUUUUAUGAAUCAUGAAUAUCUUAAUUAAAAUAUUUUCAUGUA